AAAGAGAAUGGAGAUGUCAUGCAAUGAGAGGAACCUGGGAUCAAGACAUCUGAGAAGCGAAAGUACGACAACUUCCGGCCUACAUGUUUAUUCUACAGACAGUUGACGAGAGUAAGGGAAAAAAUCGGUCCUGUUUAGAAUGUUACCAAAUCUUAAGAGGAAGAAACUUAUGGGGAGCGGGAGUUUUGGAAGCGUUUACAAAGCUGAAUGGAACGGUGGACCAGUAGCAGUUAAAAUUCUUCAUGAAAAGCUCUUCACAUGUCCUCGCAACGAAUAUUUGGCGCAGUUUGAAGCGGAAUGCAAAAUUCUACAAAACCUCCAGCAUAAAAACGUGGUUACGUUAUUGGAAUUUAUCAUUUCACAUACUUCACCGCCAAUGCUGAUAACUGAACUCUUGGAUUGUGAUUUAGGGAAGUACAUUGCUAAUUGUCAUCCAGGGAGGAUUCCAUAUUCAGAAACUGUCUCGAUUAUGUUAGACGUGGCGGAAGGUCUCGCGUAUCUUCAUCAGCAAAAUCCACCGAUAGUUCACCGAGACUUGGCCAGCAAAAACAUACUUCUGACCAAGGAAAGGCAGGCAAAGAUUGCUGAUGUCGGUCUUGCCAAAGUGCUUCCAAAAGGCGAACAAAAUUAUUGUUCUCCUGUACCCGGAACGCCAGUUUAUGCUGCACCAGAAACGUUUCACCCCGACUAUGAUCCAAUUUUUCCCGUUUCAAGGGGCCGAUCGCGUGUCGAAUAUGACAAUAAGAUUGACAUCUUUUCACUCGGAAUCACUUUGAUGGAAGUUGUAAAUGGACGGCUGCCCUCCCCACAACCAUGGAUACCUUUUACGAGCGAUGGUCGACAAAUACCAGAGAGGGAACGCCGUAAGAGUGACAUCGAGAUGAUGGGUGAGCAUAAGCUGAAAGAUAUCGUCUUCUGCUGUAUCAAGGAUUCCCCUAAGAAGAGACCUAGCGCCAAGGAGCUCGCUGAACUGUUUCAAUGUGAAUCUGAGAAGAUACAACAGAAGGAAAGAAUUGUUAAGGGGGGGAAAAUUCCAAAGAUUGAAGUUGCCGUUCUCGGAGAGUCCGGUGUAGGAAAGUCAUCUCUAAUUUUACGUUAUUCUAACCACAUCUUCUUUGAGGAAAUUGUUCCUACGUGUGGCUUGGACUUUAAGAAUUCUACGAUCUGUCUGCACGACCGAGAGUUUACAUUGAAAAUUGUUGAUACGGCAGGCCAAGAAAAAUGCCAAUCUAUGGUUCCACAGCUCAUACGAAACGUUCAAGGCAUAGCUAUUGUAUAUGAUGUAACAAAUAAGUCUUCUUUCACUAAAGGAGUUCCCAGAAUGCACCAGUUUAUUAAGAACUGUGCACCAGAUAAUGUGAGUUUAAUUUUAGUGGGUAAUAAAACGGAGGAGAGAGGACGCGUCAUCACUAGAAAGAGAGGGGAAAAUUGUGCCAAACAGCUCGGCAUUAGUUACAUCGAGACGAGUGCAAAAACUGGCCUAAACGUUGAAGAAAUGUUUAGAAUGAUUGCAAACGAUAUCUAUGGCAACUUAGAUUUGUCUGAUAUUGACGUAUACAUAUCUAGCAGAGAAAGAGAAAGUAACCUCGGUACUGAAUCAAGUUGCAACUGCUAAAUUAUCACAAGGUUAAGGUGGCACUGAUCUUUCAUUAAUGGGAAACGGGUAUCACCCAUCCCAUUCUAAGGUACAGGUACACAAAACCAAAAGAAUGAGUACUUCUAAAAAGCUGCAGUGGUGCUAUGGUGACAUUGUAUGUGAAAAGAACGAAACAUUCCAAAAAUUAGGUGUUCUAUCUCACUUGCGAGGAGACAAAUAUAAAAACGCAGUGUAUUUUCAAUCAAUUAGUCUAAGAAUAGUCGUUUCAGGAUGACGAAGCCAUUUUUAUCAACCCUAAGUACAGUAACUGUGAACAUGAUUAAGAUAAGAGAUGUGAGAUACGUUUUGACCGUUGGAAUAGCCUACAAUACUUAAGGUAAAGAUGUUAUUUUUAUACUGUGGUGAAAAAGUAGGUAAAUGUAGCUUGGAUUAAGUUUUUAGUGGCGACGUAUCGGUGAAAGGAUUUGCCUCCCGAUUUUCCUUUUCCCACAAAAAUCAAUGUUCCUUACGACCCUUUAUUAAUGUUUAUUUGCCUAACCUUCGAAACACGCUUUUGAA